CUCUUUUGUUGUUAAUGUUAAAAAUGAAAGUAGCUCCAGCAGCAGACACACGAAAUGGUUUGCAAUUUUAACACAAACUGCACUACAGAUGAGUGUUCUGAUGAUGUUACUGAUAUCAACACAUGUGACUGCAAUGACAAAAAUAUAAUUUUAACUGAAUCUGGUCUUUUGCCAAUGAAUUUUACUGAUUUUUAUAUAUGCUCAACCCAUUUCAACGAAUUAUUGAAAAGAAACUCUGAUUUGAGAAGGAGAAAAGUAUGUCAGCUUCCUACUUUGAUUAGUGCACAUCCUCCAGUAGCAUCACACUCUGUUGUUGGUGUUAAAAAGCCAAAGCCUAGCCGCAAUAUCAACAUCACUGAUGUAGAAAAGAUUCAGAAGUGUUAUGGCCUCACACUUCCUAAUGGAACACCUGCAUGCACUAGCUGCCUUAUUAAAAUUUCCAAGCAGUCCACAGAGAUAGAAGCUGAAAGUCUUGAUCAAGGAAAGUGUGAAGAUGACCAGAUUCAGCAAUGCUCAAACUUAGAUACAGAUGAUGAAACAUAUCUCAUGGAGACUGACCAGUUGGAUGUGUUAACAGAAAAAGAAAAUAUUUGCGAUAAUCUUAUUGAAAUUUCAGCAUCCGAAUAUACAGUUACAUCAGAAGAGUCAGGAAGUCAAAAUUAUUUAUCCCAGUCACAACAAUCAGUCAGAAGUUAUGAACGUUGCAGCUGCUUGACAUCUUUGAAUGAUUUCCUGUCAUCAGUCCGAUUGCAGGAAUUCUCAGAAAAAGAAAGAAAAACAUGGCGGUCCUACACAUUUAAAACAAGAAACACCUACAAAGAAAGAUUUGAUGAGAUUAUGAAAUUAAUAAUAGAAAUUUUAUUUCCAAAUGAUGUUGAUGAAGUAAUUGAUGACAUAAAAUGUCCCAAGCAGUUAAAUGAAGAAAACAGAACUAUUCAUACAGAGUACAAAGAUAUUGUCACUUCAUACAGAAAAACAGAAUCCUGGCAACAAGGUAGACAAGUUCUUUCAGUUCUUGCCUCAAGAAUGUCCUUCAAGGACUUACUGUCUCUACUACCAGAAGUAACAUCUCAUCGCUACUAUGCUGCUCUCAGUCAUUCAAAGAAAAUUGUGCCAGCACUUCCAAUUCCUGAAAAAAAAUUGCAUCGACAAAAAUUAGAUCCUGAAAGAUUAGACGCAUUCUUAGAUUUCAUUACAUCCAGUCAUGUUGUCCGUGAUCUACCUUUUGGGGGAAAAAAACUGAAGUUUUCAGAUGGAACAGUCCACAAUUUACCUAACGUUGUACGUUGCAUGGGUUCAGCAGACAUAAUACAGCAGUACAAAGCAUACUGUCAGGAAAAUGAAAUUUCACUUUUAGGUGACAGUACCAUGUUUAAAAUACUUGCCCAGUGUGGUGCUAAAGUCAGAAAAAGCCUUGAAGGACUGGACUAUUUUGUAGCAGAAGGAGGACGUGCCUUCAUUACCUUUCAAGAUGUCUUAGACAAAUUGCUGACCUACGACGCUAUAUCACCAGAUGACCACAAAAGUUUCCAGGCACUGUUCUUACAAUCAAAGCAGUAUUUAAGGACUGACUAUAAGAUUCAUAUUUCAAAGGGAAGAGAAGUAGCAGAUCACUGUAUGUUGUAUGGAUAUUUUAUAAAGCAGUUUAAAAAAUGGGAAGGGACCAUCAAAUCUUCUAUAAGAAGAUAUGUAAACCAGGGUCAUGAUGUACUUACAGCACAAUCAAUGAAAAAGGCAAUAGACAAGUCAGCAAAAAUUGUAAAGUACAUAGUUCGUGUCAUAGAAGGAACUGAGUGUAGGAAAACCAAGUACACCGCUAUACCUGCAAUAUCAACCUAUAGUAACUUCACAUUUAGCGCACAUGGCAUUACUGCAUGGAAGGCAUACCAAGUUGGCACAGGCAAGCUUAUACCUUCAUCUGAUAUUCCAAGUGUUGAAAAGUGUAUUUUAAAUACCUCAUGUCCAGAGAUAGAGGGAGAAAUUGAUGUGGUUUUCCACCAACUGCCACUUAAAGCUGAAAAGGAAGAAAACACCAUAACAUGUGCAAAUGAGGGAUUCACACUGUCUUUUUCAUCUUUUCAUGACCUGUCAAGCCACUUAAUGUUCGGCAAGUGUGAGUUUGAAUUCAGGUGCCAGUUUAGUAAUGGAUGUGACAUUACUAAGAAGACUUAG